AUGGGGUUUGAUUACUCCAACACCCUUGAUGGCGUUCGUAGUUUCACAGAUGUCAUGUGGCCCCAUGAAAACGAAGCUUUUGGGAACAUGGAGACAUACCUUCGUAGGGGCAUGAGGUACAGAAGACCAGGGAAGAACAAAACUAAUAUGGGGUUCGUUGCUCAUACGGAUAAAGAUUUCAUCAUUGUUCUGCAUGAAAAUCAAGUUGAUGGUUUAGAGAUCAAAGAGAGGGAUGGCGAGUGGUUCACAGUUGAGCUCUUGCCAACCUCAUACAUAGUUAUGUCGGGUGAUGCGGCCAUGGCUUGGAGCAACGAAAGAUUGCAUUCACCUUAUCAUCGAGUUACUAUGAAUGGAAAUGCAAGUAGAUAUUCGAUAGCCUAG